AUGUUUCAGGCACAAAACAAAGAGGUGGAGGAAGUGCAACAGAACCUUUCUGAUGCCAGCAAGGAGUUAAGUGUACUGCGUUCUGAAUGCGCAGAUAGAGAGGCCCUCGUAGGCAAAGCUGAAAUGGAGCUGCAGAAUGUGCGGCACCACUGGGAUACAGAGAACAUGUGUGCCAUGAAAGCUGAAAAUGAAAUCCAGAAGCUUACUAAGGUUCACCAGAAGGAUUCAGAGGACAAGCUGACCUUUCUCCAUAAUCUUUACCAGCGUUUGGCAGUGGGCUGUGUGUUAAUAAAACAACCAGAGGGCUUGCUGGGGAGAUUCUCCUGGCCAGAGCUGUGCACAGUCCUGCAGGAGCACGUUGACGCCUUGACAUCUGACCUCCACAGAGCUAAUGAGAAGAUAUCCCAUCUAGAGUAUGCUUGUAAGAAGAGAGAUGAUGCGAUGAAGGAGCAGCAGACCCAGGAAAACACGUUCUGCAAACAGGCAAAGCAAGUCAAAGAGCGCAAAGCUGGCUGGCAGAAGCGGAAGAAAGACUUGGAGCAGCAUUAUUCUGCCUUGACUGGGGAAGUUAAUGCCAGAGAACAGAACUGUCAGGUAGUAGCUGAUAAAGCCAAAGAGAAAGUGGCUAAUCUAGAGAAGAUCAGGCAUCAGAUGGCACUUGAACUCUUGCAUCUCAAGCAGGUCUUACCUGUCUGCCUGCGCAUUGAUAGCAGAGGCCCUUUACCCCCUCUACUGUAA